AUGUCAAGCUCGCCGGCGAGCGGUGUGCUCGCUGUCGGCGCCAUUGUCCGCGUCCGACGAAAGCCCCCGCGCUUCGGCAGCUGUACGCAGGGAGAACGCGGUUGCGUUGCCGCCUCGCCGCUAGGCCCCGUUUUUUGUGGUCCCCACGGGCCCCCGUCAGUCGCUCAUUUGUACGUAGUCCCUCCCGGGGCAUUGCGAGGCGGCAAGGAUGAACCGACGUGGCCCUGCUGUUUCAGCCGGUACGUGAGAGUCGCGGCCCGCUUGGCAUUCGCGAUCGUGAACAACCUAUACUGCAUCCCCGCUUACGUCGUGUGGAUGAUGGCGCUGCGUCUUGCGAGACCCUUGUACGCCCCUCUCUAUUGGAGGAUCGAAGGCCUAAUGUAUCACUGGCUGCUGGCUAUGGUGUCACUGUGGACUUGGACGGCCGGAUAUGAAAAUCUGUAUAAAGCCGUCAAUGGAACAAUGGUAUUUCGACAGAACCGGUUGCGCUCCGUAUUGACCUUAUGCUAUACGUAUAUCGCGAGCUGCGCCAGAGGACGGUCAAUGACCGCUCCCUACCAGCUAGGAAUGUUACCCCACUCGUCAAAGCAUGCAUUUCGAGUGGCGAAUUUACAUGUCGCCGGAUUUUGA